AUGGAGAGGUAUGAGAUUGUGAAGGAUAUUGGGACUGGGAAUUUUGGGGUGGCCAGGCUGGUCAGAGACAAGUUCACAAAAGAACUCUUUGCUGUCAAGUUCGUUGAAAGAGGCCAGAAGAUAGCUGAACAUGUCCUGAGGGAAAUCAUGAACCACAGAUCAUUGAAGCAUCCCAAUAUUGUUCGAUUCAAAGAGGUCCUGCUGACACCAACUCAUCUAGCCAUCGUAAUGGAGUAUGCGGAGGGGGGAGAACUCUUUGAGAGAAUACACAGUGCUGGUAGAUUUAGUGAGGAUGAGGCAAGGUAUUUCUUCCAGCAAUUGAUAUCAGGAGUUAGUUAUUGUCAUUCAAUGCACAUCUGUCAUAGGGACCUUAAGCUUGAAAAUACACUCUUAGAUGGCAGCACAGCACCCCUUGUGAAAAUAUGCGAUUUCGGACACUCAAAGUCAGUACUGCAUUCUCAGCCAAAAUCUGCUGUAGGAACACCAGCUUAUAUUGCACCUGAGGUCCUAUCUAAAAGCAAUUAUGAUGGAAAGAUUUCAGAUGUUUGGUCUUGCGGAGUCACCUUAUAUGUGAUGAUUGUUGGAUCAUACCCCUUUGAAGAUCCUGAAGAACCUAUAAACUUCAAAAAAACAAUUGAGCGGAUCCUUAGUGUACACUACUCAAUUCCUGAUUUUAUCCGAGUUUCCCAGGAAUGCAGACAUCUCUUGUCUCUUAUAUUCGUAGCAAACCCCGAAAAGAGAAUAACAGUCCCAGAAAUUGAAAGCCACCCUUGGUUCGUAAAGAACUUACCUAUCGAACUUAUGGAAAGAGUCGGAAGCUGGCAGUGCAAAGAUGCAAAUAAUCCAUCCCAAAGCGUUGAAGAAGUUCUAUCAAUAAUACAACAGGCACGAAAUCCUUCAGAAGAGGCCCCAAAUGCUGCUGGUAUGCCUCUCAUGGGAAGCAAAAGCAUGGAUCUUUGA